UCUGCGCAUUCUACCUCCCGCGCCCACACCCGCACGGCCGCACACUCCAUUCCAACCGGCAAGCAAAGCAAGCAAACAAACAAAACGAAACAGCACAGCAGCAAAGAUCACACGGCCUCCGCUCGCUCGACGGCCCACUCGGUUCCGAUCGAUCUCGCGAUCGCACAACUAGACUCGAGUCGAGCGAUCGAGCGCCCGACGACCAAUGGCGGCCAAGGCGGUGGCUUCGCCGCUCGCGUUCCGCCGCGACGUGCGUGGCCCGCUCGGCCGUCCUGCCCCGGGCGGCUGCCGGAGCGGGACCGGGACCGGGACAGGGCUGCCGGGGGUGCUGUACUGGAGCGGUGGCGCCGGCGGCGGCAGCAGGCUGCUCGCGGCGCGGGCGCGCGGGAGGAACAGGUUCGGCGGCGGCGGCGGCGGGCGGGGCGCGUCCAGGGACGAGACAGCGGAGGAGGACGAGGACGAGGCCGCCGACGUGGUGAUCGUCGACGCCGGGGACGAGGAGGAGUACGCCUCCGACGAGCUGUCCGGUUUCAGGGGCCUGGUUCUUGAUCUCUCCUACAGAGUAACAGUUCUUAAACUGGCCUGUCAACGUGGUGUGCUGGAAGCGCGCCAUCUGCCUGGAGUUCAUUGGGAAGCUAUGCAGGCCCAUGUGUUGGAGUACUACGACCAGACCGUCUCUUCGCCUAGCGGGUCCUUCUACAUCCCUGCAGUUUUGAGGGUUCCACAGUUGCUGCAGGUAGUAAAGAGAAGAAGGGUCAAGCAGAGCCUUAGCCGUAAAAACAUUCUUUACAGGGAUGACUUCACCUGUCAAUAUUGUUCUUGUGGUGACGACUUGACAAUUGACCAUGUUAUUCCGAUCUCGCGUGGCGGUAAAUGGGAAUGGGAGAAUUUGGUGACUGCCUGUGCAAGAUGCAACUCCAGGAAGGGGCAGAAGACACUGGAGCAGGCAAACAUGAAGCUGCGCAAGAUCCCCAGGGCGCCCAAGGAGUACGAUAUCAUGGCUGUGCCCUUGACAAAAUCUGCGUUCAGAACGCUCAAGAGGAACCAUGGCCUCCCUGAAGUGUGGCUGCAGUACCUUGCCAGGCCAUCUCCAUGACCAAGACCCCCCUCCUCGUCAUCGCCAUACGGGCCAGCAACAGCAAGCAAUCUCACUGUACAUUAACAUUAUUAUAGAUUAUACACCAUGCAGCGCACAGGCAAAGACUGCAGAUACUGACUCCUUAUAUACAUGCCCAUUCUGUACACAAUAAACUGUUGCAUGUACUAAGGACUUAUCUUCCAAUAAACUGUUGUAAGCUGGUGCAGAAACCCGUUGAUGUUGUUCAACCAUCA